UCCCACUAGAUUUUUUUGUAUUUUAGCGCCGCUGAUGACGCCACGACAUUAAAAAAAUCCACUUCACGGUUUGUCUUUGCCUAACCAACAAGGCUUGCAGUCCAGUGACGUCAUCGAUUUAAGUUACGGCAACUUGGGACGAGAGCUUGUGAUCGUCUCCGCUAUUUGUUGGCUUUGUACCUUCAGUAGCGGCUCCGGACUCCUUCAGGGCAGACAAAGCGUUGCGUGGACCUCAGUGCGGGGGAAGAAAAAAGGGGUGUUGGUGGAGAAGAGGACCGAGCUGAGUCGGGCGUGGUAGUGCAGAAGGAAAGUAGUAUUUGCUAGCUAAAGUUACAAGAAAGUAGCGGUCGCCAUGUCACUGUCGGUACCGCAGAACGGCGUAAAGGCGGAUAAGGAACCCGUUAUUGAGCUGUUUGUGAAGAUUCUGACUGCUUAGAGGAAGUCCGACGUAGCGCAUCAAAAACCAGGCAGGAAGCGAUGGCGAGAGCAUCGGGAACUGUCCUUUCUCCCAAAGGCUGUUCAUGAUCCUGUGGCUUAAAGGCGUCGUUUUCAACGUUACCACAGUAGACCUCAAGAGGAAGCCUGCGGAUCUACAGAACCUCGCCCCAGGCACACACCCUCCCUUCGUCACCUUCAAUGGCGAGGUCAAAACAGACGUCAACAAGAUUGAGGAGUUUCUUGAGGAUGUCCUCUGCCCGCCCAAGUACAUCAAACUUGGAGCGAGACACCCCGAGUCAAACACAGCUGGUAUGGAUAUUUUUGCCAAGUUUUCAGCCUUCAUUAAGAACUCAAAACCAGAUGCAAAUGAAGCUCUGGAGCGCGGGUUGCUGAAGACCCUGCAGAAACUGGAUGAGUAUCUCCGUUCACCUUUGCCGGACGAGAUCGAUCACAACAGCAUUGAGGACGUCAAGGUUUCUACUCGCAAGUUCUUGGAUGGUGAGGAAAUGACCCUGGCCGACUGCAAUUUGCUUCCCAAGCUGCAUAUCGUCAAGGUGGUGGCCAAGAAGUACAGAGGCUUUGACAUCCCCAAGGAGAUGACUGCUAUCUGGAAGUACCUGAACAAUGCCUACACGCGCGAAGAAUUCACUAACACCUGCCCCAGUGACAAGGAGAUUGAGAUCGCAUACGCAGAUGUAGCUAAGAGGCUCGUCAAAUAAGAUAACCUGUCCCGAACUCCCCAACCCCUGGUACCGCUUCACACCUACUCUCCAGCACAUGGACUGAAGUGCUUACACAUGAGAAAGACAAACUGCAUCUUUUUGUUACUUUGGUAACUCAUCACUGAUUACAUAAACAUGUCCAGUGCAUUCAGCAGCCUUUAUUCAACAUUAAUAGCUUUCAUUUUGGUUUGCUGAUGAAUUGUGAGGCACAGUGAAUGCAGCCAGACCCUUUGUAUCCAAAUCGGUAUUCCUUUCUCUCCCUGAUAAGUGAUCCUUCAUGUGCAUGGAGGGACGAGGCCGUGAACUGCUCUUUAUUUAAUUGUAAAGUGGUUAUAAAACAAAUGCUGAGAAGCAGUUUUUUCUGGUCUUUUGGCUUGUGAACAGUGUUUUAGACAAGAACUCCUCCAAAUCUGUGAUCUCAUGGAUCUGCUAACUCAGACCAUGUAAUUCCAGGUAAAGGCACCUGGUAUUCAAACAGGUGAAAACUUAUUGUAGCUCAGUAGAAGUGUAGGAAGCCACCUGUACCCGGCUGCAGGAGAAUUUCCUCAGGAAUCGUAAGAACCUGAGUUCUCACAUGUUCGUCAUAUGUAGCUCACAAAUAGAUGCCCGCUAUUGCCUUCUAUGAUCACCAUAUUGCCGUAGAAAGAAAAUGUCCACCAAACAGAACUUCUUGAAGCGAAGUGUCCAGCUGGAGUAGCGGAGGAGCUGACAGAAAAGGGGCACAUGUAUUCUGGUCUCACUGUGGAAACAUGACUCUGGUUAUGUAAGAAAAAAAUGGAUGUAAAGACAGUAAGGUGCAGUCAUGUGCUAGUAGUAGUACAGGUGACACUAAAGGUAUUUGGGACACAAAAGGAAUCAGCAGCUAUUAGCAUCAAAACAAAUCAUCCGUAUAUUGAUUAUUCUUAAAGCAUUGAAUGUAUGUUAAUGGUUACAGUAGCUCCAAAAGUGCUUUAGCAGAAGAGCAAAACAUUUCAUUCUUUUUUCCCACAGUUUUUGUUAUCAGACGAAUUUGAUAAAAGGAAUUGUAAAUAUUUGUUUUGAUUGCUCUGAUUUGAUUGUGCAAAUUUUACACAUUUCAUGGUCAUGGUUUGAGGACAUGGGUCAUUUCUUGCCCGCUCAGAUUUCAGUUUUCCAUGAGCCUUCUCCUUGCCUUACUUGUCUUUGCAGGAUCAUUUCAGUACGUCAGGUUGUUGUUACCUAAGAUAAUAUCCAAGUUAUGCUCUGUAACUUUUAUUUUAUUUCCUUCAAAAGCCAAAUUGAAAUAAACUUCUUACUGGAA